UUGAAACAAACUUUAUCCUUAUCUUAAAAGAUGACAUCCUCAACGGCUGAGAAACUCUGCCGUCGAUUCUCACUUGCCGAAAUCAACUUAGCAACCAAAGAUUUCAGUCGUGAGCAUGUGAUCGGAAAGGGUGGUUUUGGUGAAGUUUACAGGGGCUUCAUUGAUAAUGGGUCAUCUGUUGUGGCCAUAAAGAGGUGUGUAGGAUCAAAUUCGAGUCAAGGGCAGACAGAGUUUGCGACGGAGACGGAGAUUGAAACACUAAGUAAAUUCCGACACCAUAAUCUAGUAUCUCUUAUUGGGUACUGCGAUGAGGAUGGAGAGAUGAUUCUUGUGUAUGAAUACAUGUUGAAUGGAACGCUGGCAGAUCGCCUCCACAAGAAUAGCGAGGGCGGCUCAACUCUCUCAUGGAAUGAACGACUUAAAAUAUGUAUUGGAGCUGGGCGAGGUUUGGACUAUCUUCACUCUGGUUGCUCCAUCAUACACCGUGAUGUCAAGCCUACUAACAUCCUUUUAGAUCAAAAUUUCAUUGCUAAGGUUUCGGAUUUUGGGUUAGCCAAACAUUUAGGGAAUGAUUUCUUACAGAGCCAUGUCUUCACAUUUGUUAAGGGCUCAUUUGGGUAUUUCGAUCCAAGUUAUUUUAUCUCCGGCUACCUUACAAGGGCAAGUGACACAUAUUCUUUUGGAGUAGUGUUAUUGGAGGUGUUGACUGGGAGACCAGCGGUUGACAAGAGGCUUGUGGAAAAUGAGCUUUGUAUGAGCAUGUGGGCUCAAGAAAUGAUUCGGAAUGGAAAAGCUGGCCAGAUUGUAGCUUCAAAUUUGAAGGGAGAUAUCACACAAGAUUGCCUCAAGACAUUUGUUGAGGUUGUGAAAAGAUGCCUGCAUCCCGAACCUAAGAAACGACUCACAAUGACUCGAGUUGUGGCAAAGCUUGAGCUAGCCCUUGAACAACAGGAGAUGAAAGGGACGACGACACAAAAAUUACAAUUCUGGCCUCAUUGGAACAGAGGUCCAAAAACUACAAUUUCGGCAAGAUCUGCACAAAAGGAUGAGAAUGAAGUGGCUAUGGACACAGGAUCAACAGUUGACGUUGAUAAGCUGUCAAAGGCUAUCUCUGGCUUAUCAGUGCAUCAUACUAUCAAUAUGCUGCCAAUUUAUGUCCCUUCCUUUCCACUAGCUGAAGUAAGGUACAUUAGGGAGGAUUUUCAAGUACCUGAAAUAAAGCACAUGAUUGAUGAUGUUAUUCCCGGGAGUUUGAGUUUUAGUGAAGACACAGAAGUAAAUGUAGUCCAUAGAGUACUCAAAUAUAGAAACGAAGAAUAUUUUCAAAGGCGCGAGUGCAAGAAAGAGCGUGAAUUUUUCGCACAGGUUUCAAAGGUUUGGCACAGGCCUGAUGAUUUUAUUCCCAGGAGUAUGAGUUCUAGUUCAGAGAGAGAAGUAAAUCUAUUCCAUAGAGUACUCAAAAGUGGACAAGAAGCAUCAAUUAAAUGGCUAGACGACAUGCCAGAGCCUGACUUUAUAGAACAGGUUUCAAAAGUAUCUAGUCUGAAACAUGAAAACGUGGCUCAACCAAUUGGUUAUUGUUUGAAUGGUGGCCGGCAGUUGUUGGCGUAUGGGUUUUCCACACGAAGGUCCCUACAUGAUAUUCUUCGCGUAGGAGAAGGAGAUAUGGAUGGCUUAUCUUGGAACCAAAGAAUCAAUAUUGCUGUUGGGAUUGCAAGGGGAUUAUGCUACAUUCAUGAAAAACAUUUGGUUCAUCAUGACUUAAGAUCCAGCAAUGUUUUUCUUUUUGAUGAUGAAACUGCAAAGAUAACUUGGGCUGAGGAUUUAACUGGUGUCAAGAGUUGUUAUGAUGCUCCAGAAUGGCCUCAGUGCACUCAAAAAAGUAAUGUUUUUAGCUUUGGUGUGAUUCUCCUUGAGCUCUUGACAGUUGAUCACAAAAUGCAUCCAAUGAGCCACCUUCGGACAUGGCUGGAUUCAGGCAAGGUACACGAGAUUGUGGAUGCUAGAUUAAAAGGAGACUGCCCUCAAAAGGAAGUUGAAAUGACGGCUCGAGUAGCUGUAAUGUGCCUUCUAUUUAAACAAGAUUGUCGUCCGGACAUGCGCAUAGUUGUACAAGAUCUCAUGAAGUGCCUUCAUGAAACCAAAUCACAACACUCUCAGAGUUGAAAGUAGUUGAGGAAUGCAUGAAAGCAAGUGAGAAGAAGAAAGAUGGAAGCCAAAAUGAAAGAAAUAACUUCAUACAUGGUGGAUCCAAGAAUUAAAUAUCGUGGGGUCGAAAGAGAAAAUAAUCAUAAUAAUAUGUAAAUAUAUAUUUCUAAUAAAAAUACAUUACAAAUGAAAUAUAUCUAUCUUACAUUAAACUCGAUAAUUGGCUCUUAUGUGUACGAUAUAGAAUAUUCACAUCAAAACUAUCAAUAGAUUUUUAUAAUCCAAGAUCA